UCACACACACACACACACACACACUCUCACACACACACACACACACACUCAGAGUGAAGAGAAACUGCGGGACAGAGUACACACACACUCAGUGCCAAUACAGCACACCUGCACAGAUAAACAUUCACACUGAGUGAGCGAGUGAGAAGAAGAAGAAGAAGAACGAUUCCUGUGUAGAAAGGUAUCUCACCUGUACAGACUGAUAUCUCACCUGUGCAGGUAAGGUAUUUAAAAUGGAGUCUCUGAAACGCUGGAGGGCAGGGUGGGUUUAUCCGACAUGUCUACUGUGUAUCUAUGGAUUCCUCAGCACGGUGAAACCUCUGGAGCCGUUCCUCAUCCCGUUCCUCACUGGACCUGACAAGAACCUCACCAUGGAACAGGUGGCCAAUCAGAUCUUCCCGGUGUGGACCUACUCGUACCUGGCCUUGCUGGUUCCGGUGUUCCUGCUCACUGAUUGGCUGCGCUAUAAGCCUGUGGUCGUGUUCCAGUGCUGCGCUCUGUUCGGGACCAACGCUAUGCUGCUGUGGUCAGGGGGAGUCGGUUUCAUGCAGGCCAUGCAGUUUGUUUACGCAGUGGUGACGGCCUGCGAUGUGGCCUACUUCUCCUACAUCUACAGCAUGGUGGCGCUGCAGCACUACCUGAAGGCCACGUCGUACUGCCGCACCGCCCAGCUGCUCGGGUACACGGUGGGGUCAGUCCUGGGUCAGCUUCUGGUCUCCUUCAACUUACUGACCUACAAGGACAUACUGGUGCUGACGCUGGUGCUAAUCUCCAUCGCCAUGGUGACCGCAGUGCUGCUGCCCAUGCCUAGAACCAGCAUGUUCUUCCACCAGAGAGGAGAGAAAGGAGGGGGUUUAACUGAGGAGGGCAAUGAUAACGGAAACACACCAAAAACAGGAAAAGUGGAAACCAACGAUACAGAAACGUCCGGAAGUGCUCUGACACGAGAAGACGUUCCACAGGACAAAAGAGAGGAUCCACAGCAGGAUGAUGGGAAAUGUGGAGAGUCCAGUCCAGCUGAGAGACGAGGAUGCUGUAAUACGCUCCAGCAGUUGUGGAGAGAUUUCCUGCAGUGUUACUCCAGUAGAGAGAUGCUAUACUGGUCAGCGUGGUGGGCACUGUCCACCUGUGGCUACAACCAAACUGGAAACUACGUCCAGGCGCUGUGGGAACACGUGGAGCCUUCCAGCAACUUUACCAUCUACAACGGAGGAGUGGAGGCUGUGUCCAACCUGUUCGGUGCGGCGGCAGCAUACGGAGUUGGUUUCAUCCAGCUGGACUGGAGCUGUUGGGGUGAACUGGCUCUGGGCUCAUUGUCAGGUCUAGGGGGCGCUGCUCUGUUUGCGAUGGUUUUCUCUGCUAAUAUCUGGGUCUGUUAUGCUGGAUACAUCAUCUUUAAAAGCCUCUACAUGCUCCUCAUCACCAUCGCCAUGUUCCAGAUAGCUGCAGGACUGUCUACAGAACGUUACGCUCUCGUGUUUGGAGCGAACACCUUCACUGCUCUGGUUCUGCAGACCAUUCUCACCUCCAUCGUGGUGGACAGCAGAGGUCUCGGCCUGGACAUUGUUCCCCAGUUUAUUAUUUAUGGAUCAUAUUUCUCCUGUAUCGCUCUGCUGUUCCUCCUGAGGGGUCUGUACACGUUCCACCGGCACAGAGCACCACCGGAACAGAGAACCAGAGAAGAACAGAACCAGAUCACAGACACACAGUCUGAACAGAAACCCUAACAUAAACAAAUAAAAUAUGAAAGACAGAGUUCAGUUUGAUCAAAUAAAUAAUGUGAGCUUAAAUUUAUAAAGGCUUGUUGAAUAAGUAAAUUGUAAAUUAAAAUAAAUAAAUACAUACACUAUAAUAAUACAUAUAUUAAAAUGUUAUAUACAGUAAACGUCUCUUUACUAAUAAAACUGAUAAGGCAGUUCCUCACUGAGGAUGAGGCGUCGUCAUGAACCUUAAACAUCUUUAUAUUAUGUUAGAAUAAAUAAUAUUUUCUUUUGUUUCUUUUGACAAACAAUCAGUGAUGUGUUAUUAAUGUUAAUAACCUCAGUGAUGAUUUCUGGAUAUUUAUGGACAGUUUUUUUUGGUUUUUGAUUUUAGAUUGUUUUCCUCCUUUUGACCCAUAAAAGUAAGUCUUUACAGAACAGCCUCCUUCUGUUUACCUGGUUUUUAUCACUGUUAUGAUCAUGAAGGCGUCUUUAAUGAACACCCAGGUGAUGCUGAUGUUCUGAUAUACUGAACGAAAUGUUCACAGCGUUCAGUUCCACUAAAUCACCACUAGAGGGAGUUACAGCUGUAUUUAAACAGACUGUUUACUCACAGUAUAAACUCUGAAAUAUGGAAAUAAACAACAUAAACAUAAAAUAUCAGGAGACGAAUGUACAGCGUUGAUAAGAGUCAUAAACCUGCUGAAUUUAAACAGAACCUGCAGGUAGAACCUGUUCAAUCAUAAACUUGAGGACGAAUUUCGGUGAAUCUUGUGUGGAACUUUGGAACGUCAUGAUGUUUUAAUUUAUAUUUUACUUCAAACUUUGAGAAACUAAUGCAUUAAGAAUGUCAUUGAUGUUAUAGUAGAACUUAUGGUUCCCUAAAGAACCUUUCAGUGGAACUAUUUUUGUAAAGGAGAUAUGAAUGUGGAAACUUAAAGCGUAAACGUAAAGAACCGACAUAGAACGUUUACAUCAUGUGAAAGUUCUUUAAACUUUAAGAGGUUCCCCACACACACAAACCUCUUUUUCCAAACAUGGUUCUUCAUGGUAAUAAAGGUGGUUCUCCUGUGGAAAGAACUCUUUGUGGAGUCUUUAUUUUUAUGACUGUAAAGAAAUCAGAGAAAAUGACCCAGAGUUCCACUGAUGUUCUGGUGCCCAACGUGUUC